AUGCUUCCCAAUCUGCUCUCGUUCCUAGCUUUGUUCUUUGGCGUUGCCAUUGCUCAAUGCCCUGAUUAUCUUGAUUAUGCCGAAGUCAGGCACUACCCCUACUCAGGAGGAGUCCGCAACAUAUCCUACCAACGCCCUGAUCCUGCUUGCCGUACUUUCAACCUUUCUGUCCUUGAAGACCAGGUCAUUCUCGACGUCAUGCAUGCCACUCCUGACCUAGAUCUGUUCCGUCUGUUUCUCAAUGCCUACCCCAACACGCUCGAUACGGCCAUUCGCUGGAAGGGCUAUGCUGCUGAUACACCUGAUGAGGAGCUUACUUUUGUCGUCACUGGAGAUAUCGAUGCCAUGUGGCUGAGAGACAGCAGCAACCAGAUGCAGUCUUACCUUCCCCUCCUGACCGCAAACUCCUCUGUUGACUCGCUCGCCUCUCUGUUCCGUGGAGUCAUCAACUUGCAGGCUCGCUACCUCCUCACCUCGCCCUACUGUAAUGCCUUUCAGCCACCAGUCGAGAGCGGCAUCGCUCCUGCAAAGAACCCUUCAGCCAGCCAAGAUGUUGUCUUUCCAACUUACGACAACGCUUCUGUCUUCGAAUGCAAAUACGAGCUGGACUCUUUGGCCGCUUUCCUACAGAUCAGCUCGGACUAUUACAACGCCACGGGAGAUGUUGCUUUCUUUGCUAAGCACCAUUGGAUUGAGGCUAUCAACCACGUUUUCCAGAUCUUUGAGAGCCUGCAGUCUGCUUCAACUUACGAGCCUGAUGGUCGCGUACAAAUGUCGAACUACACCUUCACUAGAGUAAGUGAUCGCGCGACCGAAACUCUGGCGAACGAUGGGUUAGGCAAUCCCUACAGUGGUGGAACCGGCUUGUUGCGCUCAGCUUUCAGACCUUCGGAUGACGCAACUAUCUACCAAUAUCUCAUUCCUGCCAACAUGAUGCUGGCUCACUACCUCGAAGCGACUGCUCCUCUUAUGCUCGCGCUCAACAAUUCAGCAAGUGCUGUCACUUCCGUGCAAAUGACACAGCUUGCCUCUAGUAUCAGACAAGGCAUUAAAGAGCACGGCAUCGUCACUGUCAAUGGCAAGCAGGUAUAUGCUUACGAGGUUGACGGCUAUGGCUGUGCGAACAUCAUGGACGAUGCCAAUAUCCCGUCGCUUCUAUCUGCGCCUUUCCUGGGCUAUCUUGACGUUAAUGAUGAAGUCUAUCAGAACACACGUUCUUUGUUGCUGAGUACCCGCAAUCCUUACUGGAUGCACGGUCCCGUCAUCAGCGCUAUAGGAGGUCCUCACAACGGUCCUGGAUAUGCCUGGCCCAUGGCUUCUAUCGUGCGCAUACUGACCAGCGACAAUGACACCGAGAUCACUGAACAACUGGCCAUGAUCCUGAAUAGUACCGAUGGUCUUGGUCUGAUUCACGAGAGCAUCAACACUUUCAAUCAAACAGACUAUACUCGACCUUGGUUUUCGUGGGCGAACGGGCUUUUCGGUCAAAUGAUCCUGGAUCUGUACGAUCGCAAGCCACAGAUUCUUGCUCAAAGCUUCCAGUAG